AUGGCCAAUCACUUCCUUCUUACCAUUAUCCUUGUGGCUUUGGCAUCUUCCUUUGCCUAUGCCUCCGAUCCUAGCCCGUUGCAGGAUUUCUGUGUUGCAAUUGAUGAACCCAAGGAUGCAGUGUUCGUGAAUGGGAAGUUUUGCAAGGAUCCAAAGCUUGCCACAGCUGAUGAUUUCUUCUUUCCUGGUCCCAAGAUGCUUGGUCUCCACAUUCCCAGAAUUCGUAUUGACUAUGACCCCAAUGGCCUCAAUGCACCCCAUACCCACCCUCAUGCUACCGAAAUCCGUGUUGUCCUAGAGGGUACCCUCCAUGUUGGCUUUGCCACUUCCAAUUCCGAUCUUGGCAACCGCCUCUUCACCAAGGUCCUACUCAAAGGAGACGUCUUUGUGUACCCGAUGGGUCUCAUUCACUUCCAAUUCAACGUGGGCAAAACUAAUGUGGUGGCUAUUACCGCUUUCAGCAGCCAAAAUACAGGGGUCAUCGUCUUGCCAAGCCCCCCAUACCCCCAUACCAAACAACCCUAA